GGCUGUUGUUCGAGCGGCGCGCGUAGCGCUACGACCGUUAUGGCGGGAUUUCGUCAACAACAAAAGUUUCAAUCAAACUUUUCAACUUCACUUCGAUGAACUAAAACUUAUUUUUCCUAACUAGACCGUAUCAAAAACUGCACAGCGACCGUAAAACACGGUAAAUAAGUGAAAGUUCACGGUCAGGAUGUCGGUUAAUUCAAAGUGGCGGUUACCUGACGUUUUUUGUGCUGGUGUGUUGAAUGAAUGUUGGAAUUACGUUUAAUUCGCAUCGCGGGGAUGGGUGAGUAAGUGGUCUGAGGUGAUUUGGGACAUUUCGCAAUGCCUUUCGUGCAGCGUGUGGUUGAACCGAAGUAUCUUUCGCGGACGAGUUUGCGGGACGAAGCCGGCAAGCCGAGAGUGACGGAUGAGGAGCUUCAGGCGGUGACGAACUGCACCCUGAGCAAUGCGCUGCGGCAGCUCGCCUCCCUCGUGCUGCUGGCCGAGGACAUCUUCAGCGAGCUCACCUCGCAGCUCCAAGGCAUCACCGAACGCUCCAAAGUAGCGCAGACGAAGAUCGAGAGAAUCAACGAGAUCGUCGAGAAAUAUGACCCGAAGAAGGUGCCAGUCCCGGAGGGAAGCCUGUCAGACUUUGCUGCACGCAAAGUCCACUACACGGCGAUCAACCCCCUCAAAAAGGGACUGUUUACACCCGACACCAGGCCGGCGAGUUUGCGUAACCUGUAUGAGAGAGCCACCACCGACCGACUCCCCGCAUCCGUCCUGGACCAGAUGCGAAGGGACUGCCAACACUCACCAUACUUGCUCUGCACACCUGUACUUGGUUCUAAGAGGAGGCGCAUUUAUCAGAAAGUCGACGUCGAAAUUGAAACACACAUUCCAUCGGUCGUGGAGCAGUUGCGGAAAUGGACGUCAAAAGAGGCGGUGGGCGACGUCACGGUGUUGCCGGACGCGUCGAUUCGGAUCGCGAGCUGCGUCACGCUGACGCCGGACGAGCUGUCCGAGUGCGGGUCCGGGGACGAUGAGCCCAUCGACCACCGGCUGCCCAGCCCCGAUGAGCAGCUGCGGGUCAUCGCCUCUAAAUUUCCCCCGGAACUUGUUGCGAUCGACACCUCGGGCAAAUUCUUCGAAAGAAUGUGCAGCUCCCGAAAGUCGCUCCACAUAGAGAGCACCGGCGAGACCGACACAGUCAAGCGGCGCACGCGCACGCGAAAACCCCGCGGUAAAAGACGAAACACCAUAUCGGGCACUGAUCAGAAAGAGCUUAGAGAGGCUAUAGCUGGUGAUACACCCAACGCUGUGGCUUCAGAAGAAAUCGAAGAUAGCCCUGUCAUCAGGUCGCGAUCUAGUGACUUACUUAAGAAAAGCCCUAUCGAUCCGGUCGCGAAGAAGGGACACUUCAACAGCCUGAAACAAUGGGGCAAAAAUAGGUUAAAAAUGAUCGGGAGAUCUCCUAGCGCCAGUAGAGAUAGUUUUAAAGACAACUCGAGGACUGAAAAACCUAAGGAAUCUCUGUCCCCACCGCGACAAGAGGAAAAUCAAACUCAAGAAACAGUGACUAUGCGCAAGAAACGUCAAGGAGAAGAAGAUAGGAGAACGCAUCAAAGAUGUGCUUCUUACUCCUCCUCGGAGAAAAGUAUAGGUGUUCCUGCCAGUGUACCAACUACAGCGACAAUAAACACAGGUGUUAAACUUAGAGCUACGUCGGCUCAGCGAAGACUGAGGCGGUCGGGUGUCGGUAAAGAUGAACCCCAUUCUUCUAGUGGCAACUGGUCUGCCAGUUCAGAGUCUGGAAGAACCAGCAUCGGAUCUGAAAUAACAACAACUACAGUGCCUCCUAAAAGUACAACAUCGGCUGGGACGUCUAAUAAUUCUCUAAACAUUCACGGCCAUGGCCCACCCAGUUCAAUAAUAAGUCGACGAAGAUUCCUUAACACGUCUGGUUCAGGAAGUGUGACCAGCGAAGGAACUUUGACUCCCGAUAUCAUACAUGACCUACACGAAGAUCUCGAAACCAGUUCAGAAUUCUCAUGCGACACUGAAGGAUAUUAUACAUCAUUCCAUAUGGAUUCUGGUUUGAAAACUCUAAAAGAAGAAGAAAUAUCUCCUAGUACUCCAAUGCAUACUAGUAAUGCUCUAUCUAAUUCAUCUAAUAGUCAAAACAUGACUGCUGAAAAUGAAUACGAGCUAUUUGGCAAAGGUUCGACUAGUACGACCACUAGCUCCGCAGGUACUGUUUGUACAACGUUGAUGGCAGCUGGAAGUGAUCGCUCAUUAGUGAUAGGGCCGACGGUACCUGAAAGAAAAAGUUCGCUAACAAAAAUAAAUCGCAGUCGAGGUAAUAUUCAAAGUGCUAACGCUAGUUUAGAUAGGAGUUUCAAUUCAUCGUUCGCCAAAUCACCCUUCAGUAGUCUGAGAUACAAUCCAGUUCGAGCUUACAAAGAUAAACAAGUUUGCAACAAUUCUUCACCUGAAAUCAGUGAUAUGCCUACAUCAGCAAUUACUAUUACGAGUAGCGUAGGUAACCAUAGAGAAAUUACUGCGGUUGCAGAAAUUCACACCGAAACUGAACUGGAAAGUGCCAAGAAAAGUACAGGAACAAGUUCGCCAGAUUCUGGGCAUAAUACAUCUAGUUCCCCAAUAGAAGAUUCUGUAUCGAGUGCCCAUGGAAAGAACAGCCUUUCCGAACAAGACUACUCCGAGUCUUCGGACUUGGAAGGCACUGACAGAAUAGAAAGAAUUCGAUACAAAACUACCAUCAAUAGUUCAAGAAUACCUUCUCUCUGUGUUAUAACGCCGACAAACUCCGACGAUGAAAGUGAAGCCAGUAGCAAAUCAGAAUCCGGUAAAAAACAAGACAUAGACAAGCAAAUUGAAAGUAUUAAUAAAAAACAAAUUGGACGACCUAAAUUAGAGCUACCUGUAGAGGAAAAAACAAAAGAAGCAAAGACUUCAGAGAACGUCAAAGCCAGCAAACCCCAGUCGCAAAUUAAUUUGAAACCAUUCAACAGUUUAAUGUGCAAAUUAAAAGGAGUACUGCCACACAAACUCUCUAAUAAAAAGUCGCCUACUACAAAAGAACCUGAGCUAAACGAUGAUCUGUAUGAUACUGGUGAUUACGUAACAAUAGCUGAUGUUAAAAACAACAACCAAAAAUCCAAUCUCAAUAGAGGCAUAUAUGGAAACAGUGAUAUUGUAGGUAAAAAUCUACAGGCUGUGCUCUCUGGGAAGCCAGAAACUGAAUACGUAUCUCUUAAUGAGCUGCCUCACUAUUUAAAUGUAAGUAAAGAUUUCUUAGACCAAAACAUGGACGAGAAACCGUCGCCUGCCUUAGAAGAAAUUCAAAGAAAAGGUGCCAAAGUUACUCUCGACUCACAAGGGCAAGUUAUUUACUCAUCAGACACUUUGAAGCGAAGAAAAGGAGCGCAUACUACGUUCGAGCCUGGUCCUUUCGUGCAAGAGAUCAGUCCAAGAACAGCCGUGAUUCAGCCAGAAAUGGCUGAUGUCGUAAAAAUCACAGAUGAAACAGAUUUCCCGUAUGAACCACCGCUUUCGCCGCCAGUCACAAGCAAGCCUACUUCACCGCAGCUGGGGAAGAUGAUUAUCAAAGCGCCAGUAGUUCCAGAUGGCCCCAUCACAACUGAAUACAUUCCUUUACCUGCACCGAAGCCUAGUACUAUCAUAACUGCUGCCCCACUAAACGACUCGCCAGUCCUAACACACAAAACUAGUACAACCAGAACCAAUCAAGAUCUACCCCGCGUGGUAGAGGCCAUCACUAGAACUGGAGCAUAUGUAAAUAUACACGAUGCAGAGGGUGUCAGCUUGUCACCGACGAAAGAUGAUUUAGCAGACUAUCGACAUUCCAGUGCUGACAAGCCCUACUUGAAUAUACCGCAAAGCGUAGUCCAAGACAAGGGUCCAACAGUCGACUUGAAUGCACUCAACCCCACACUGCACCGCCACCACACCGCCCACCUCCGAGGCAGGCACGGCGUCGUCAACUAUGAAGCCACCACUAACCCUCCAGAACAACCCAAAUUCUGGACGCUACCCAAAAGAAACACCCUAGAACCAAACGCAUCAAGAUUCAAUUUCCCACCUCCCCGACAAAUACACCCAGAACAAAGAAUUCCCCCGACCACAACGAACGAUGAAUCCAUUCGAAUAUCACCCAUCGAUCCACGAACUACGGGCACUUUCAAAUCAUCGACGCCUUCGAACAAGGAAAACGUUCUCGAUUUUAGCUCAAAACUGCUUUCACCUGUUAAAUCUACCAUGACCAACGAAGAGCUUUAUGCUGUUAUACAUAAGAGCAAGAAGAAACUCAACAUCAAAGACGCCACAGAUAGAGCAGAGUCGCCUGCGUUAUCUACUAUCAGUUUGUCUCCAGUGAGUUCCGAGACAUCUCUGUAUAGUAAAGGCAGUCAACGAUAUCCAGAAACAGGGUACCUGGGAGACCCGCGUAGCAGAAUGAGUUGGUCUCCGGCCGAUAAAUAUUCAAUGCCUCCCGUUGCAAUAGGCUCUACCUUUGGUGUCCAAAAACAAGAAUCUACUUGCGCAGAUAGGUAUGGACCUAUACCGCAAACUUCGAGACUAGAUUUCAAAAAACUGCUCUUGCAACACAGUGUGAAACUAAACACAUUGAAUCCUCAAACUAAAUCUAACAAAUUAUCAGCAGUUGAACAAUUAAAACUAUCCAAAGAAAAAGCUCAACCACCUUCAGCACAACCAUCUACUAAUAGAUCACAAAUUAACAUCCUUGAUCUCAGUGGGUCUCCGAAAACUUAUAGCCAUAGAAAAGUGAUUAAAACUAAUCAACAACCAGCUUCUCCUGGGAGAACAGGUGCCUUAAUAAAAGAACAUAAAAAUACUCCAAAAAUUUUGCUAUCUCCCAAAUCCCAAUGGAGGUUUUCAAGUCCCCGAUCCGACGUUCUAUCCACUCCAAUACCCGAAGCGAACAACGAAGAUGAGAACUCGAAUAGUUCUGGUGAAAGACACGAUGUUUCUCCUAACCCACCGCCAAAAACAGUUCCUAUAAUUACAAAUCAACACUUUGGAGCGCGAAGGAAUCUUAUACCAAUAAACGAAAAUGCUUAUGAAGUUGAAAACGAUUUCGCCGAAUCUAUUGACCACGGCGUGUUUCCGUUGAAUGCAGAAUUUGCAAAAGCCCAUGGCUUAUCUAGGUCGGAAAUAAUGCAAGCAAAACGAGCAGAAUUCUUCAAUAGGUCUCCUGAAUCGUCGCCUCCUAAGUUUACUUCCUUCAAGAGUCCCACGACGGCGGGUCCGUCGGCAGCGAGCUCCAGGAGCAAGACUUCUCCGGAAAGGGGGAAGACUUCUCCUACCACUUUAGAAACGGCAUUAUGAUGAUUUCCAUGAAUUAAGAAGUCGGUGCUUUAAAUUUUUGACGCUCGAGGAUUUCGUUAAUAUGGCAAUGAAAUUGAUAGAAGCUUUAAUCUAGUCUUUUCUUGCUUGAUGUGCCAUUUUUGAAGGCACCAGUGGCGUAUUCAAGACCAGUGAUUGAUUGAACUAUUGAAAAGAAUGGCAAUCAGCUCAAAAUCAUUUUAAUGCUCUAAUGGGGCCAAUUUUGUUUGUGUAAUUGAUAUUAAAAUAAUGUACAACGUCAUGGUUAUAAACUAGUAAGUAAGUAUUUAUUGAGUACAUGAUAGGUACUAUGUAAGUAGUGUUUUGGACUUUUUCAAAGUUUUUAAGUUAUUCGGAAUACAAUUUUAAUUAAAUGUGUUGAAUAAUAAA